GUAUCUUUUCGAUGGUAGAUGCCCCAUCACUGAGUCACUUAGUUCCUCGACAUAACCAUAUCGCAGCGUAACUAUUUCUGAUUUGAUAUACGUUUUGUGGUGAUGCAGAGAUUUGAUUAAUGGCGAUGAAACAUACGAAUGGUGUGUGCCAACCCUCACUAAUUCGGCCCAUACGAAACGUCUACGCUCAUCAGUGUCUUUCAUCACCUUGCUUCACCCUUUCUUGUCCUCAUCUCAAACCCUGCCGCUCUAUUUCACGCCGUUGCAGAAUUGCUCCUCCACUUCGCCAAUGGGCGUUUGCAGCGUCAAGUAGAGUUGGAACAAAUGUUCAAUCGGAAGGUGCUCAAUGGGUUCAACAAGACUUUUUUUCUCUGAGAAAAGAUAUUGAAAAUGUGGUGAAGCGUGUUGAGGAGACAAUGGCGUCAGCAGGGCUGGAACAAGCACAAGCAAAUCUAUCUGAUUUGGAGCACAGAGCUGCUGACAGUACUCUGUGGGAUGAUCCUGGGAAAGCACAGGAGACACUUCUUGCUUUGACAGACACCAAGGAAGACAUUAGGCUACUCAAUGAUUUCCAGUCCAAGGUUGAAGAUCUGAAGACAAUAAUACAGCUAACAGAGGAAAUGCAGACAGUAGAUUAUGGACUCCUCGAUGAAGCUUCUGAAAUUGUUCAGGACUUGAAUAACUCACUGGACCGUUAUGAGUUAACAAAGCUACUUUCAGGACCAUAUGACAAAGAGAGUGCUUGUCUAACAAUAAGUGCUGGAGUUGGGGGCACAGAUGCUCAGGACUGGGCUGACAUGGUUUUGAGGAUGUAUUUGCGGUGGGCUGAAGAGCAAGGCUAUAAGUCCAGAGUUGUUGAAAAAUCUGUUGGAGAGGAGGCUGGUAUCAAAUCAGCAACAGUAGAAAUUGAAGGUCGUUUCGUUUAUGGCUAUCUGUCUGGAGAGAAGGGCACACACCGUCUUGUAAGACAGUCUCCUUUCAAUGCGAAAGGCCUUCGGCAGACAAGCUUUGCAGGUGUGGAGGUUAUGCCUCUUAUUCCAGAUGAAUCCUUGGAUGUUGAAUUACCGGAUGAUGAUCUUGAAGUGAGUUUUUCAAGAUCUGGUGGUGCAGGAGGCCAAAAUGUAAACAAAGUUGAAACAGCAGUUCGCAUUGUCCACAUUCCAACUGGAAUUUCUGUUCGAUGCACAGAGGAAAGAAGCCAACUCUCAAAUAAGAUGAAGGCUCUUAAUCGUUUGAAGGCAAAGUUAUUAGUAAUAGCAAAGGAGCAGCGUGCAUCUGAAAUCCGACAGAUAAGAGGUGAUGUUGUAAGAGCUGAAUGGGGACAACAAAUUCGGAAUUAUGUCUUCCAUCCAUAUAAGCAAGUAAAAGAUGUACGGACUGGUUUACAGAGCUCUGAUGUAACAGCUGUUAUGGAUGGAAAAUUAGAACCAUUCAUCAAAUCUUACCUAAGAUUCAAACUUGUGAACAACAUGUCAUCACAAAACUGAUAAUGAAACUAUAAUUGUAUUAAUAUUUUGGCCAUCUUGCAAUCAUCUUUCUUCUCUUCUUGCUGCUUGUUUGCCUCCAGGUGUGCAAGUUGCCAAAUGUUUGUAAUAACCUUCAUAAAUGAUCCCCAUCGAUGCACAUGAUUACAGUUUUUGGUUGA